CUUCUGCUUCUUCUAACCAUAGGCAGUCGCGGGGCAUUAGGAUAUUAACAUACAAUGCUGUUGUCUUUAUUGUUUUAAGUAAAACUUGUCACUGAAGCCAGGUACUUAUAAUCACGGAAAGGUGAAGGAGAUGAAAGACAGCUUGGUACAUGUAGAGCCGGACGACAGUUUUUUUCUCCCUCUAUUUCCACACAAAGUUCCUAUGUUUUUCUGCUGCGAGAGUUGGGGAACUGUUCUGUGAGCUACCUGCCAUCAGAAAAUCGAAGGACAAUUUGUUUGUAGAUAUUUUUGGAAAUUUAUUUUAUUUUAUUUAUCCUGUGGGAAAAGAGAGCAACUUUUAUUCCAGGUAUCUUUGAAAAUUCUUAUAAUUUCUUUAUGUUUGGUACAAUUUUCAAAUUGCACAUUAUCCUAACUCUUAGUUUAAAUAUAUAGUAUAUUUCAAGCCAGUGAUUGGAAAGUAGCAUGAAAUGUGCCUUUUGAAUGUCUCACCACAGUGAUUUUGUAUAACUAUAUUCAAUCUGUAGUUAAUCAAAUAAUAUUUCAGUGGAUGAAACAAGAACAUAAAUAAUUGAGGAAUUUCUAAAGGGCAUUGUAAUUGGAAAAUUACUAAAUAAUACCACAAUUAUAGCCAAUUAUAACUCUACAACAUUAUGUUAGCAUGAAAAUGAUUUUAUUUUUGUCAAUAACUGAUUGAAGAUAUGACUCUUCUGUCUUAUUUGUCACGUCUUAAUGGGCAAAGAACAAGAAAUAUGCCAUGCGGGGAUGAUGUUACCCAUGGAAAUGGACAAGGGGCAGAUAGACCUGUCGACCGAUGCAAAGAAUCUGAAUUUAAAGCGUUCAAAAUUCCUCCCUUUUAGUGUGAGUGACCGUGAGAGAGAGUCAGAGUGUUAUAUUCCUGGUUAUCUCGGACGUUCAGGGGUAUUUUCAUGGGGCAGAGGAUCUUUCAGCUAUUUCUCAGGGGCGCAGGGCAAAGAGGAGGGAGGGGAAGCACAGCCGACACAAAAGGCAACAUUAUUCCCCGGCGGAUCUGCGCUACAUCCCGUUAUGAAUGGAGUAUUGAAAAAUACAACAUUGGGGACUAGAUUAUUUUUCAUCCCUCAUAACUGAACCAUUUGUCCCAGGGUUUUGAGCGGUUUGUUAGCACGCUGUGCCCAAUGGAACAGCCAUGGUGCUGGGCUGCUCCGCAUUAAAAUCCCUGCUUCCUAAUUGGACAGCACAAUGACCUCUGGUUGCCUCUGCUCUCCACAACCUCCUCCCUCCUGCCUUUCACCUUUCAACUUAAUGUCAUGGCCUUCCAUACAUGCAAUAUGGCCGUCAAUACAAUUAAAUUAAAUAACACAGGGCCAGGGUUGGUGUAGUUGAACAGGGUCAAGGUUAGCGGAUUUGUUAAGCUGUUGAUUGGUGCUGAAGGGUGUUAGAGGAGGAUACUUGGCCUCGCUGACCUGUCAGUGUAUUUACAGUGCAUUACAGUAUCUGCUAUGGUAAUAUACAGUGUAGCUACACUAUACUACAACAUAUGGGCAGAAUCCAACUGAACUGGACACAUAUCUACAGGUAGAUGAGCAGGUGAAUUUGGUCUUGCCACCCUCCCCUUCUCGCUGCUGCUUACCCCCCUCUCCUCCUAUUCUCCCAGGAGCCGAGAGGCGCCCCUGUGGUGUCAUCGGCUGCCUAAGCGUUUCGGAGAGUUCCAGUGACAGAUUGCAGGAAGCAGCGUUUAGGCCUGACGAUCGGGACCACAGACAGCAGAAAUGUCUUUUUGUUGGCCCCUGGGCUCGGAAUGUCCACUAUCUCCAGGGGCCAAUAUCAUAUUCUCCUUCUCCCCUCAUCAUCCGUCCCCAGUCCCCAAACUAACUAGUACACAUUCCUUUGUAAGGUUUUGGUACAAUACAAAGACACACAACCAACCCAAAAGUCUGAUCAGACAUAGGCAAAACAAACAUUUUCCUCAAAAAAAGACGUUUGAAAAUAUUUCACAUUUAGAUUGCUUACCGCUUUUUCAAACAAUUAUACAAACCAAACAUUUCUUCAGAAUUCAGUGGAUAAAUAUGAGCAUGAGGAUGUGAUGUCAGGACAAUAGUUCUAUGCAAUUAAAGAGUUUAUUACUGGAGUCAGACCUAUUUUGAAAAACAAACAUCCCUCCAGGCAAGAGCUUUGUUUCAAGAGAAAUCAAGCAGCAGCAGCAGUUUGCAAUGUUUCUUGCUGCUCCCUAUGAAACCAGAUUCUUUGGUCACGUUUUUUUGUGCUUCCUAGUAUAACAGGUGGUUCAGGGCAGGGUACCGGAGAAAGAAACUGUUUAUCAGUCUCUUAGUCCCAGCUUUGAUGCACCCGUACUGUCUACGCCUUCUAGACAUACUGUAUAACUACUGGCAUCCCUUACUUACUGCCCUCCGUAGUACAGAAUAGACAAAUUUGAAAAUAAAAUAUAAUGUUUGCCACUCUGUUGGGGUAGCGGUGGCACAUGUCCACUCACUGCCACCUGGGUGAUGCAUGGCACUGGUAUCCAUUUUGUGCCAUUUUGUGCAUUGCAUGCUCACCACAGGUCACAACAGUUUCUCGGUGCCCAGUGUUUUAGCAGCCAGCCAGUGUGCAGUGGGGUGGGGUUGGGUGGCAGUGUAGUAGGCAGCUAGGCAGCCAUUUUGGCCUGGGGAAAUGGGCCAGUCGGCUUCAUGCUCCAGCAGGUCCUGGGGCACACUGGGAGUUGUUUUAGUGCCAAUCAAUCUGGAGUGGACACAGAGACACAGCAUGGCGUGCCCACUCACACCUCUCCUCUCCAUCACUGGAACACACACACACACACACACACACACACACACACACCGGUUUCAGUUCAGUGCAUGGUUUUUGGAAACUAUUUAUGUUCCAACUUCCAACCAAUAAGCUUCACUUGCCUGAUACUAUCACCGAUACUAACUCCCCACUACUGUAUAGUCAUUUGGCUGCAGGGGGUUGCACUAGAAACAGCUAUCCAAUACUAUGUUGGGAAUACAAUGGUUAUUGAUUAUGAUUAGUAGCAGUAGACUAGUGGUGGGCAGUGAGUACCAGUAUUAGGGGUCCAGACUGUUUCAGCAGUGAAGAGAAACAGAAAAAGGCAGGAAGGUAGGUAAUGUGUGUGAGAGCGAUAGAGAGACAGAGACAGAGACAUAGACAGAGACAGAGACGGAGAUAGAGAGUCCAGUGCACUGAUGGGUUGUGUGUGUAAGUGUGUGUUCCACCAGGCACCCAGACUGAUUGGAGUGUCAGUCAGACAGCGAGCCAUGCGAGGGCAGCGCGUAGCAGAUUGUGUGCGUAGACCAUGUGGAGAAUGGACAGUGGUUGUCUGGCUGCUGUUGUCCCUGCUAGGUUCCCUGCUACUGGUGGGCAUCAGUGGGAUUCUGCAGAUUGAUAUGACCAAAAUCAGCAGACGAGCCAUAUCCACCAAUAGCACGACAACGAUGACUGCCAUGAAGACAACGCAUUCUCAAGUGCGUCUGGUGAACGGGCGUAACAGGUGUGAGGGGCGUGUGGAGGUUUGGCACAACGGGACAUGGGGUACAGUGUGUGAUGACGACUGGGACAUGGUAGAUGCCAACGUGGUGUGUCGGCAGUUGGACUGUGGUCUGGCCAUGGCGGUGGGCAGCAUCUCAGAGUAUGGCCAGGGCUCAGGGCCCGUCCUGCUGGACAAUGUAGACUGCAAAGGAGGGGAGACAGACCUGGGACAGUGUGGAAGUCUGGGCUGGGGCAUCCACAACUGUUACCACUAUGAGGACGUGUCUGUCACAUGCAAAGAUACAUCAGUGCUGGAGUCACGGGGCAUGGGCGAGCCCACCACUCCGUCUAGGAGAAACUCAGGGUUAAGAGAUGGUACAAUCCGGUUAGUUGGUGGACUGGACUACUGCCAGGGACGGGUGGAGGUCUACUACCGUGGCAGCUGGGGGACGGUGUGUGAUGACGACUGGGGUAUGAGAGACGCAGGGGUGGUGUGCCAGCAGAUAUACUGUGGCCAUGCUGUUUCCUCCACCACCAACGCCUAUUUUGGCUACGGGACAGGCCUGAUUCUACUGGACAACGUCAACUGUAAUGGCUACGAGAACCAGCUGAGUAAGUGCUACAGCCUGGGCUGGGGGAUACACAACUGUGGACAUCAUGAGGACGCUGGGGUUAUCUGUUCAGGCUCAGGAUCCACUACCGUUCCUCCUAUGAACACUGAAACCAUGGGCAUCGGAAGGGGAUUCUUUCAGACUGCCAGCACUGCAGUAACCGACCAAACAGAAUUAGUCACCGAAGCAACUACGGCUGUGACAACGGUUGCUAUGACAACAAGAGAGCGGCCCACCAUCCGCGUGGUGAAUGGUAACAGCAGCUGCCAGGGCCGUGUGGAGGUGUUCCACAACAACCAGUGGGGCACGGUGUGUGACGAUGACUGGGAUCUGCCCAAUGCCCAGGUGGUGUGUAGGCAUCUGGGCUGUGGCCCUGCCAUCUCUGCCAAGGUCCUGGCCUACUUCGGCUACGGCUCGGGCCCCAUCCUGCUGGACAAUGUGGACUGUAGGGGCAGUGAAGGGGAGCUGUCGGCUUGUUUCCACCUGGGCUGGGGACAGCACAACUGUGGACAUCAUGAAGACGCUGGAGUCAUCUGUACACCCUUUCAGCUUGUGGGACCUGGAAAUGACUUCGGGAUGACAGAGAGAACGCCCACCACUAGACCACCAAGUGAAGGCCUGGCGAGGUUGGUGGGCGGGCAGCACCGCUGCGAGGGCCGGGUGGAGAUGUUCUCAGGGGCGGAAUGGGGUACGGUGUGCGACGAUGCCUGGGACAUGCCUGAUGCCCAGGUGGUGUGUCGCCAGCUUGGCUGUGGGGAGGCUGCUACGGCCCGUGUGGAGGCCUUCUUUGGGCCCGGCAGCGGCACCAUCCUCCUGGACAAUCUGAAGUGCAGCGGCUCUGAGGCCUCGCUCCAGCAGUGCUCCCACAUAUCCUGGGAAGUGCACAACUGUGACCACUCUGAAGACGCCGGCGUCACCUGCUCACUGUCGUGAUUCCAGCAGUGAUUCGCCGCCAUGGAGCCGCCAAACUCCUCCCAACUCCACUGCCAACUAAUAGGACGGGCGCCAUGGGUAGCACAACCCGGGACUUGUAAACAUUAUGUAAAUAACAGCUCAUCCCAAUGCCAAACAUAAGGAAGACUACAACAACAACAAACAAACAAGCAAAGAAACUAACAUAUGAUGAUAUAUGAUUAAAUAUUAUAAUAAUCUAUUCCUAUUAAGCACUUUAUAAAUAUAUAUAAAUAUAUAUGAUAUAAAAUACGCUGUACACAUUUUUUUUAUAUUUGAUAAACAGUGGAAACCAACGUUUUAAACCGACUCUCUGUCUCUCUGGCUCUUUUCUUUUUUUGUUGUCAAGAUGCUAAAAUAGAGGUCCUCUCACUAACCCUCUUCUCACUAGCCGCACACACAGCCAUAGUGUACUGUACCAGGGCAUGGUGCUCAACAACAACAACAACAACAGCAGCAAUCCAGGCCCACAAUACCAAAGCCAAACUUAUAGACUCUAUAGAGACUAUAGACUAUCUAUAGAAAGGGCUAUGUAUUUCUAUGGCCAAAUAUAUUUGUUUGAACAUAGGCAGAAAGAUGGACAGUACAUGUACAUGACACUGUAGUGCUCUUGGCACAUGCUUCCUAAUUUGAUAAACUUUUUAAUGUAUUAUUCCUGAGCAGAGGUGGAUGUAUAUCUGAAAUCUGAUCAUGAUGACUUCCAAAGCCCCAGUAUUUUGGUUAUUUUGCUGAAAUAUCUGUUAUAUUUGACACCUUUAUUGUGUAAAUAAUCACCCUAGCUAGUUUGUGUUCUAUUUUUUCCUCUCUUAUGAAACUCUCUUAUGACCCAUUGUCUGACUUGUGUAUUUUAAUGUCUGGUUUUGGAAAAGGCUAGCUUGUCUUCACUGUCUCUCUCUCUGUCUCUCUCUCUGUCUCUCUCUCUCUCUGUCUCUCUCUCUCUCUCUCUCUCUCUCUCUCUCUGUCAGACAGUGCUAUUUCAGGUGGAGUAUGGCAUAUGAUCUAAGCCUUAGCUACAUCCUUAAUUAUCUGCUCGUGCCUUUUCAUUCGUAUUUUGUAUCAGACAUUUCGCACUACAAGGUGUACAUUUCAUUUCAGUGUGUAAGGAUGUGCAUCUGUGUCUGUGAGUUAAUAUUUGCGUGUCUGGCAGGUGAGUCAGAUCUACUGUACUGUUUGUGAAUGUGUGCGUACAGUAUAUACAGUCAGUGACAUGUACACUGAUUGUGGAAUUAUUACAAUAUGGUAGUAGUCAGAUUGCUCAAAUCUGUCACUGCAAUGAUUAAAUCUGAAUCUGAAAAAGUCAAAA